AUGCAGGCGAUAGUAAAGGCAAUCAUGGGGGGGCCGAGACUAACUGCCGUCCAGCAGCGGGAGCGCCCAGGAUGUGGGCCCCAGGUGCUGAUGGGAUGGGUGGAGGCGCAGCGGGACGGCGCCCUGCUCAAGUACGCCGAGCUGCUGGCGGGCGCGGGCUACCCCAGCUGCCGCUCGGUGCAGCCGACGGCCACCGCCUUCUCGCCGCUGGACCGCACGCGGCGGGGCUGGGCCCUGGCCCUGCUGCGCCACCUGGAGGCUCACGGCCUGUGGCCGCAGCGCCGCCUGGUGCUGUACGCCUUCUCCAACGGCGGCGCCUUUGUGGUGGAGCAGUUCCUGCGGCUGGCAGAGACGCACCCACGGCGAGCGGUGGCUCUGCUGGCGCGCGCCGCCCCGCACACGUAUGUGCGGCUGCCCGCCAGCGUGGCGGGAUUCGUCUUCGACUCGGCGCCCGCCUUCAUGCACCCGGGCGCGCUGCAGCGCGUGAUUGCGGCCAGCGAGCCGCCCAGCCUGCGCCGCUGGCUCAAGACCUCAUACUAUGCGGCGCUGACGCGGCUGGGGCCGCUGCUGUCGGGCGGCGGGCCGCCUCGCUUCGAGGCCUUCUGGCAGAACAUGGAACGCCUGGACUGGGCCCCCUGCCUCUUCCUCUACAGCGCUGAUGACCCGCUGUGUGAUGGAGCCAAGGUGGAUGAGUUGGUGGUGGCCAAGCGGCGGCGCGGCCAGGAUGUGCACGCGCAUCGCGCAUGGGGCGGCGGCAGGGGCAGGAGCAGGAGGGGCAGGAGGAGGAGCAGCAACCGUGCGAUCGAGGAUGUAGGCGCAUGCUGGAAUGUAAAUGUAUUUGAUGCCAUUGGAUUGCCCCUUGAGUUACACAAGCAUUGUAAAGACUCUAGAGUGUUUCCCAUCUUGGCGAGCAGGCCCCGCAGAGGUCGCCAUGGUGCGGUCUGUGCAGCACAGCAGGGACCUCCUGAUGGAGAAUCAAUUGAAAUGCUGGGUUUUACACUUAUUCUGGAUGACAUAGUGAGCCCGAACGGCACCAGCAGCAUGGGCCGCCUGGGCGGCGGCGGGCCGCAGGCUCUGUGGGGGUACCAGCUGCAGCAAGGGCAGACGGCUCGCGUGGCGCUGGCAGCUGGGGUGGGCCCCGACCUGCCGGAGGAGUGUGUGGCGUGGCUGGAGGCCAGCAGCAUAGACACGGGGGCGCUGCUGCGCCUGGAGGACCGCAAGACGCCGCGGGCGUGGCAGAUACUGGAAGAAGACGGGCGGCGGCACGAGAUCUGGCGCACACCCUUCACGCCGCAGCUCGUCGCCAUGCUGCGGCCCGGGCUGGCGCAGCUGCCGCCGGCCUACCAGGCCGCCCGGAACUUCCACGUCGGCGUGCACCCAGAGGAGCCGUCUCUGCCGCUGCUGCGGGAGCUGCGGCAAGCUGCCGGGAGUCAAGGCUUGGUGAGCGCCGAGACGUUUGCGGCGGCCUCUGCCGCGGUACCGCCAGCCGCGCUUGUCUCGUUCAUGCAGCUGCUGGAUGUCUUCUCUCCCAAUGAGGCAGAGGCGUACAGCAUGCUGUUUGGGCCCAGUGCAGAGGUCCCUGAGCCCGCCCGCAGCGAGCCCCGGCGGCUGACCGAGCCUUUCCUAGAGGCUGGUGCCGCGCUGGUUGCGCUGCGGCGGGGCGAGCGAGGCGCGGUGGUGCACGAGCGUGCCAGCGGCCAGGCCUUUGUGGUGCCGGCCUUCCCCCGCACCGCCGUGGUGGAUCCCACCGGCUGUGGCAACGCGUUUUGCGGCGCGCUGCUGGCGGCGUGGGUGGCUGGCGAGGGCCUGGCGGCGGCCGCCGCCUGGGGAUGCUCCGCAGGCAGCCUCAUGGCCGAGCACCGCGGCACGCCGGCGGCCACGCCGCGGCAGCUGGCUGCAGAGGCCCGGCGCCGCCAGGCUGAGCUGCUGGGCAUGGCGGCGCCGUUUGCUAAGCGGCGGGUGCUCAGCAAAUCGCCCUUCCCACCCCUCUUUGCUCAAGCUCGCAUCCUCAUUUUUUCGCCCCACUGCUGCAAACGGGUGCAGUUCUACAGGAGAGACGGCGAUUGGGGGUGCACUUGGAGAAGAUUCGGCCCGGGCACAACAGCGCUGGGGAUGACGCCGCCCAGCCUCUGUUAGGGAGCCCGCGCGCGUGACUCGCCCAGGCGACGGCCGCCGCCGGCAGCCAUGCCGGGCAUCGACGAGCACAAAGUGCGCGGCGGCUCGGCCCUGAGCCUCGCAUUCAAGGUCAGCCCCACGGCGGGGCUGGACAAGAGCAGCCCGGUGGACAGCAACAGCUCGCAGGUGUCGUCCCAGAACACCAACGGCUGGCUGUCGUCCUCCGCGGGAAGCACGCUCGUGGCAUCGCCCUCUCCCGCCGGCGACUCGCUAGCGCACGCGGCCUCGGCGCCACAGCCGACCCAGCAGCACCAGCAGCAGCAGCACCACCACCACCACCGCAGGCGGAUACCAUUCCUGUCGUGUUUCAGCGCGUCGGGGCCACAGGGCGAGGACGGCGAUGUGCGGCAGCUGGCGGCGGUGUCAUCCUCGGAGGUCGGCAUCCGCCCCUGCUUCUACUGGCUGGAGUCUCCGGCCAUGAGCGACGAAGACCGCAUGUUUGCAGAGGCCAACGCUCGCUGGCUCAAAUCGGACUGCCAGGACGACGCGGUGGUGAUCGAGCACUUUGGCGGCCUGCCGCACCAGACCUUUGCCGGCGUGUUUGACGGGCACGGCCCCUACGGCCGCAGCGCCGCCAAGUACGCCAGCACGCACCUGCCGCAGCUGCUGGCCGCCAAGGCGGCGGCGGCGGCCAGCGAGCGCAAGCGCCUGCGGGCGCUGCGGGAGGCCUUUCUGGAGGUGCAUGCGGCAAUGCAGGACGCCGGCGCGGUGGGCUUUGACGCCUCGCUGUCGGGCACCACCGCCUGCUGCGCGCUGCUGGUGGGGCGCCGCGUCCUGGUGGCGUCGUCGGGCGACUCGCGCGCGGUCGUGGCGCGGCACGGCGCCGGCGGCGAGCUCGAGGUGGUGCCGCUCACCUGGGACGCCAAGCCCUCGCUGCCACAGGAGGAGAGCCGCAUACUGAUGGCGGGCGGCGUGGUGAAGCAGCUGCUGGAUGAGCGGGGGCAGCGGGUGGGCGCAUACCGCGUCUUCCGCCGCGGCGACGACGUGCUGCCGGGGCUGGCCAUGUCGCGCUCCCUGGGCGACCUGUACGCGCACGCCGUGGGCGUCAGCCCCGAGCCCAUCCUCAACACAUACACGCUGGGCGAGCGGGACCUGUUCCUGAUCCUGGCCACCGACGGCCUGUGGGACAUCAUGGAUAAUGCCGCCGCCGCCGACUUUGUGGACCGGUACAAGGCGCGGCGCGACGCGCAUGUGUCGUGCGCCGAGGCGCUCACGCUGGAGGCGCAGGAGCGGUGGAAGGCGCUGCAUGAUGAGGCCAUCGUGGACGACAUCUCCUGCGUCAUCCUGCACACCGCGGGCCUGCCGCCGCCCGAGCGCCAGGCCAGCGUGCCGCGCCCGCUGGCGCGCGCCGCCUCGUGCAACGACGAGGCCAACGAACUUUACCUGCAGUGGCGGCUGGAGCGGGACCGCAACCCCUCCAACCACAAGCCGCAGCAGUACUUCCGGCACCUGUACCACGAUGAUGAGGAGCAGCAGCAGAAGGAGGAGGGGCAGGGGCAGGGGCAGGGCGCAUCGCAGCCCGUGGCGGCGGCGCCGGCGGCGGCGGGAGUUGAGGACGCGGCGGGCACGCCGCCCGGCGCGGCGGCCGGCCUGGACGCGCCGCCGCCGCCGCCGGUCAGCCCCUUACUGCACGACGUGCCGCAGUGCGCGCGGCCCCUGCACCGCAGCGGCAGCAGCUCCGCCUCCUCCUCGGCGGCAGCCUCGGCGGCGGCCGCGGCGGUGGCCGCCGCGGCGGCGGCGGCGCCGCAGCAGCAGCCGGCGCCCUCGCCGCGGCAGGCGGGCCGCGGCAGCAGCGGGACGCUGCACCGCAUGGACGACUUCUCCUCCCAGAGCCCUCACAGCUCCUUUGGAGACCUCGCCUCUGAGAGCAGCGAGCCCAGCACGCGGCGGGGCGGCACCUUCAGCGGGUCCUGGGGAGAGCUGCCGUCGCCGCUGACGCGGCGCAGCAGCAGCGGGCCGCAGCCGAUCCCCAUGCAGCGCAGGGACAGCAUCUCAGAGGACGGCCCCCUCACGCUGCCUCUGGAGGCGCUGCUGCGGCCUGUGCGCAAGGCCUACCCCUCCACCUCCAACUUCCAGGCCCAGCUCUGCUCCUACCGGUCUGACGCCUCGCUGGCGGCCGCCGACACGCCGCGCUCGGGAGACUCAAACCUGGAGAAGAAAGUGCGGGGCGGCGUGUCGCUCUCCAUCUCCACCGGCCGCCUGCAGAGCGGGCACCCCUCGGGCGGCUCCCUGCAGAGCCACUCCCUACUCACCAGCUGCAGGGCCAGCCACGACAUGCUGAGCAGCGGGCGGCGAUCCCAGCAAGAGGACCGCCUGCUCAGCAGCGGCACCAGCUCUCCCGGCGACUCGCUGCUGGGGACGCCGCUGUCGCCGCACCUCAGCCCCGUCGUGGUGCCGCUGGGAGGGUACAGCCGGGUGCACGCGCAGCAGCCGCUGCACUCCGCCCGGGUGCUGCAGCCCUGCGGCACCAUCGGCGGCAGCGGCAGCAGCAGCGGCGGCGGCGGCGGAGGAGGGGUGCAGCUGGCGCGGGCGUCGGCGCCGGCCGGCGCCGCCGCCUCCCUGGCUGACAUGGUGCAGCGCGGCAGCCAGCUCAGCCGCACCGCCAGCGACUGCGCCGGCCUGGUGCAGGCGGUGGCGGUGACCCAGGCCGGCCGCCUGGGCGUAGCGCAGGCCCCCAGCAGCCCCGCGGCCCGCCCCUGA